AUGCGGCCUGCUCAGUGCAAGCAGCGCUCAGAGCCCUGCGACCUGUUGACUAACGUUAUUACACGAUCAGUCAAACAGGACCGUGGGGUGUUUCCGGCAGGAAUCUGUGUUACAGAUGACUCUCUCCUUGCCAUUCCCUGGCAUUUUGGUAUCCAUAAUGCCUACCUGGUCUUGAAAGUCUUGUCACUCUCGCAGUGUGCUUCAGAUGAAGUGGACUACAGUAACUUUGGCACCAACACGCUGUCGAGGAAGAAGAAGGCCCUGGUGACGCUCCGCAAUGACAACCUGCGCCGGCGCCCACACAUCAACAUCAGCAUGCCACACGACUUCCGGCCCGUCUCCUCCAUAAUCGACGUGGACAUUCUUCCCGAAACGCACCGGAGAGUGAGGCUCUACCGACACGGCUGCGAGAAGCCGCUAGGAUUCUACAUCCGCGACGGUACCAGCGUGAGGGUUACUCCUCACGGGCUGGAGAAAGUACCUGGUAUCUUCAUCUCCCGCAUGGUGCCCGGCGGCCUGGCGGAGAGCACGGGCUUGCUGGCCGUGAACGACGAGGUCCUGGAAGUCAACGGCAUCGAGGUGGCGGGAAAGACGCUCGACCAAGUCACAGACAUGAUGAUCGCCAACAGCCAUAACCUCAUUAUCACGGUCAAACCGGCGAACCAGAGGAACAAUAUUAUUCGCAGCAGUAGGAUGUCUGGCAGCUCUGGCCAGUCCACAGACAGCACUGCCAGUCACCACAGCUUGCCCACGUCCCACGUGCUGCAGAACUUCCACCCCGACGAAAUGGAGAGCGACGAGGAGGCUGACAUUGUCAUUGAGGGCGGUCUCGAGCCGCAGCACAUCCCCAAACUGCACAGCCUCACGUCCAACAGCCUCUCCCGACUCACCGGCCGCAGCCUCAGCCACAGGCUUCAAAGGGACCUGGUGCUCAACAACAACUCCGGCCGAGAAAGCAAUGGCAACAUCCACAAACUACUCAGUUCCUUAAAAACUGACCCCCGUCACAGCCUGGUUAUCCCCAGGGGAGGCAUCGAGGAGGAUGGGACCGUCAUCACGCUCUAG